AUGUGUUAUCAUUGCAAAGAUAGUGGUCAUUUGGCUCGCAAUUGUCCGAAACCACGCUGUGAUAAGUGUCAGCGAUAUCCAGCCAGCUGUAUUUGUGAACCUGUAUGGGGUCAUGAUCGUCCUGAUACUGAACCCCAAAAUGACUCUAAAGCUGAAGACUCUAAUGUCGAAAAUGAUAAUGCAACUAAUGAUGAACAAAUGGAAGAAGAUGAAGAGGUUAAGAAUGAUGAUCGUGAUGAUGUAGAUGAUGUAGAUGAUGCGCUAAAUUUAGAUGACCGUGAUGAUUCAACAGAUGUAAAAGAAAAUUCUGAUGUUAAUACUGCCCAAGAUGAACUAAACCUAGAUGAAAAUCCUAACACUGAUUCCAGUAACAAUACUCCUGACGAUGAUGAUGAACAAACUGAAGUUAUGACAGUACAUGAACAUUCAAAAGACAAUUUAAUUGACAAUGAAAUAAUUAUUUUGCAUAAAAAAGGGGGGUCCAAAAAAGUGAACGAGAAAGUUUCUCAUGAGUCAAAUGUUGACAUGGUUGAUUGUGAUCAUGACAAAAAUGUAGAGUCUUCGAUUGCCAGUGAAUCAGAAAUGGAAAUUACUGAUGAGGAACUGGCUCGUAGUAUGGGUAAAAAAAGAAGGCGUCGUUUAGUUACUAGCCCUAACCUCACCCCUGAGGACAUUAAGAAGAUGAAGUCUAAUCCUAAGUCUAAACUCUCCCCUAAUCAACCAAGUUCAAGUUCAUAG